CAACAUUUAGGUUUGGGUUACACCUCAAGUGCUUGCAAGAUGCUACAGGAGAAUACGCUAUGUUGGCAUAUAUGUGAAAAACAACGCGUCGUUCAAAACCGUGUGUAACAUCGAUGACUCAGAAUGGAAGAAGAAGCUACGAUAGCAACAUGUGAUCUGUUGGACUUGCCCUGGGAGGAUGUACUUGUUCCACAUAUUUUGUGCUAUCUGCCAUUGCAACACCUCGUCAGCCUGCAGAGGGUGAGCAAGCAGUUUCACAGCCUCAUCCAGUUGUAUCUGGCAAACUGCAGGACUUUUGAUCUGUCCCCGAUUGGACCGUCCGUUCCCAAGGAAGCCUUUUGCGCCAUGUUAAAGGACAAUAAAGUCCUCCACAGCCUGUCCCUGCAGAACUGCUCCGACUGGGUGACAGACAAGGAGCUGCUGCCGGUGGUCGGCCAGAACCAGCACCUGCAGAGAGUGGACAUGAGCGGGAGUGCUUGGCUCACCCGGCACUCCCUGGUGGCCGUGUCCUUAAGCUGCAUGCACCUGCAGCACCUGGGCCUGGCACACUGCGAGUGGGUGGACAGCCUGUCCCUGCGCAGCCUGGCUGACCACUGCGGGGGGCUCGAGUCCAUCGACCUCACCGCCUGCCGCCAGCUCAAGGACGACGCCAUCUGCUAUCUGGCCAAGAAGUGUCUGAAGUUGAGGUCUCUGUCGUUGGCGGUCAACGCAAACAUCACUGACGAGUCGGUGGAGGAGGUGGCCAAAAACUGCAGGGGCCUGGAGCAGCUGGACCUGACGGGCUGCCUGCGGGUCAGGAACCAGUCCAUCAGGACUCUUGCAGAGUACUGCCCCAAGCUGCAGUCCCUGAAGGUGAACCACUGUCACAACGUGACCGAGUCGAGCCUGGAUCCUCUGCGGAAGCGAAAUGUAGUCAUAGAUGUUGAGCCGCCUUUACAGAGGGCUCUGGUGCUUCUUCAGGAUGUGCUGGGGUUCGCUCCUUUUAUCAAUCUCCAGAUAUAACAAGAGGGCCGUCUAUCUGUCCAACGAGCGCACACAGGUGUCUUUAUCAGAGCAGUCACCCUCAGCUGCACCACAAAGAGUUAUGAGUUGUUCUUAAAAAAAUGUCUCAAGAUAAUCCAAGAAGAUGGGAAUGUCGUGCACUCAAAGUUUGUGUGUCAAAAAUUAAAAAAACGCUCACUUGAAUGUGCUGAUAUAGAUGCAUAUUUAAGAACUGAAAUCAAGUCUACUUGAAGAAAGCCAUGAACUUUUAACAACUGCUGCCACGUGUCCAAAAGGUGACACUGCUUUUAUUUCUUUUCUUUUUUUUGUAAAUCUUACGUGUUGUAAUAAUGUGUCUAUGAAAAAGAGCAAUGUGAAGUGAUGUUUGUUAUCAAACACAGUACAUAAUUCACUUUGUGUAUAUCAUUUCUUAAAAAAAACAACAACCACACAACAUAUAUCUUAUGUUUCAUUUAGAAACAUCAAAGUAAUGUUUGAGUUUAAUUAAACAUUUCAUUUUGCAUGAAUGUGAUAGUUUAAAGAGUCAUUCUCUCCGAAAUAUCUUCCACUUUUUUCUGCUGCGGUCACAUUAAAGUAAAGGUAAACGAAGUCUUGUUAACAGUGCUUAUUGUUUCAGAUAAAACAUCACAGCUCCUCAGGAUUAUUCACUGACCUCACAGUCAUAUUUCAAUACAAACUGUUGACCAGCUCUUUUUAUUACAGUGGACAUUAUAUUUAUUCUACCUGCAUGGCAAGUUGCCGCCAGAGAUUUUAGGGAAACUGUUUUUUUGUGACGCAGGUGAAAUUACCCUUUAAUCCAUAAUGAUCAUAAAUACAUUACAUGUAUAGCCCAAUGUUUGCUUGAAAUGACUGAAUUCAUAAUGACCGUUUUCCGUUAAAGCCUUUGCUUUUCUUUUGUCAAAUGUACCUGUGUUAAAAUGCACUUCCCAAGUAAUACGGUGUAUGAAUUAUGUAAGAAACAUAACAUUUUAAAAUACAAAGAUGGUUGUCACCUCUCCUCUGUAAAAAAAAAAAGAAAGAAGAAAUGCUAGAGCCGAUCCCAUUGGGCGAGAGAUGGGGUACACCCUUGACUGGUUGACAGUCAAUCACAGGGCUGCAUAAAAGUUGGUAAAAAAAUUAAGUUUCCAUUUGUGUCAAGAUUUGUGUGGUAUUAACAUUGUUGAUUUUAUGCAAAAA